CACACCAACCCACGAUCAGCAUGGCUGUGGCCCUGCGGGUGCUUGUCCUGGCCUUGGUUGCCCUCUUUGUCGUGAACAGGGAUGUGUCUGUGUCGGCAGAAAAGCUCGUUUUCUCGAGAAUGCCCUUCUGUGAACACAUGACGGAGUCUCCAGAUUGUUCCCCAUCCUCCAACAUGGUCUGUGGCACGAAUGGGGUCACGUAUGACAGUGAAUGCCACCUCUGCAUGGCCCGCAUGAAAACCAAAGAGGACAUCCAGAUCGUGAAGGACGGCAGAUGCUGACUUCUGAGCAGCUCUGAAGCUUCAGGAUGGAGAAAAGUGGUG